AAAAAUUAUUCACCACACCAUCGCACAUGGUAGAGAGACCUCAUUUAACAAAUCAAAAUAUAAUUUUUUUUUAACAAAGUAAAAAUUAAUAUUACUCCAAAAUCAUGUUAAAAAUGAAAGUUAAAAGUACAAAUAAAGUGAAAUCACUUAAAGAAAAAAAAGUUAAAAAAACAAAACUUAAAGAAACAUUGGAAAAAGUUGAAAAACCCAAGAAGAAAGCCAAGAAAAUUCCCCAAGAUGUUGAACCGGUUGAAGAGGAGCUUCCUGUAAAAAGUGUAAAAAAAAUCAAAGAUAAAAAAACCAAGAAAUCCAAAUCAAAGACCAAAUCUCACAUGGAACAAUUAGAAGGAUUAAAAAGUCUUGAUCCAGAAUUUUAUAAAUUUCUUAAAGAUAAUGACAAAGAACUUUUGGAAUUCAAUAUGCUCGACAGCGACGACGAUGAUGAAGAUGCUGAUGUAGACUCAAAGAAAAAGGAUGACAAAGGUUUGGACUCCGCCGGGGAAUCUGACAAUGAUGACGAUGGUGAGGAUGAUGAUAAAUUUCAUAAACCAAGUGCAGAUUUAGAAGUAGCAAGUGAUGAGAGUGACGCAGAGGAGGAAAUUGAAACCGCUCCCGAUGGCACACAAAAGAUUACCCUCAAUUUAUUGCGACAAUGGCAAUUACAAUUGCAAAAGCCUCAUGUGCCCAUAGACGUCGUUCGCAAGGUCGUCCAAGCCUUUAGCUCUGCAUUGGCAAGUGUGUCAGGCGAUGACUCAAAGAUAGCUGCUUUCCGCGUAGAAGGAGCAGCUGCAUUCAAUGGCGUUGUGCAGCUCUGUGUCCUCAAUAUGCACCCAGCAGUGGUAAAUGUUCUGGGAAUCUCUGAAAAGACCAAGACUCCACUUCAUAAAAUGAAAAAAUGGCCCAAAGUACGAAGCUGUCUCAGAUACUAUCUAAUGGAUCUAGUUAGACUUAUCGAACAUGUUUCUAGCGCUAACAUCCUCACAGUUUUGCUGAAGCAUCUCCACCAGAUGGCCGGUAUGAUUGGCUCCUUUUCCAAUAUCGGCAAGACCACUCUCAAGCGUUUGAUUGUUCUCUGGUCUACAGCUGAUGAGACAGUUCGUGUUUUGGCUUUCCUUUGCAUCUUGAAAAUCACUAGAAAUCAACAAAGUACCAUGUUGAACCAUGUCUUAAAGGCAAUGUAUAUGUCUUAUGUACGAAAUUCAAAAUUCGUAUCACCAACUACUCUACCAUCUAUUAACUUUAUGCGACGGUCUUUGGUUGAAAUGUUUGCACUAGAUUUGAAUACAGCAUACCAACAUGCUUUUCUGUACAUUCGUCAGUUGGCCAUUCAUUUGCGAAAUGCAGUCAUCUUGAAGAAGAAAGACAGUUUCCAAUCGGUUUAUAACUGGCAGUAUGUGAAUUCAAUUCGUUUGUGGGUUGAUUUGCUUGGGGCUACACACAACAAACCUCAGCUUCAGCCUUUGAUCUAUCCUCUGGUCAGUAUAGUGACAGGAGCUAUUAAGCUUAUCCCAACAGCACAGUACUUCCCAUUACGUUUCCAUUGUAUUAACUCGCUGAUUAGUUUGUCAAAGCAAACAGACACCUUUAUUCCUGUGCUUCCUUUUAUACUUGAAGUCCUGAAUAGUACUACCUUCAACAAGAAACACAGUGCGGUAUCAAUGAAGCCUAUGCAGUUUACUUGCAUUUUGCGAUUGAAUAAAUCACAAAUGGCCGAAAAUGGAUUCCGUGACGAGGUGGUGGAGAAUGUCUGUGGGCUCUUACUGGAUUAUUUAGCACACGAAUCUGCUACUCUGGCUUUUCCCGAUCUUGUUGUCCCUACUGUGGUUACCUUGAAGCAAUAUCUGAAGAAAUGCAAGAACUCAAAUUACUCACGAAAACUGAAACAAGUUCUGGAUAAAAUUGUCGAUAAUGCCAAGUUCAUCGAGAAUGAACGAAGAAAGAUAAACUUUGGUCUUAAAGACACAAGUCUGGUUCAGUCGUGGGAAACCAAGAUUCGAAAUAGCGGAACACCACUUGGAAUCUACUACACUAGCUGGGUUAAGACGCAUGAGACAAAGAAACGUCGUCAAGCUGCAGAAACUGAUGAUAUCAAUGACUACGAUGUGCCAAUGAUUAAGAGGCAAAAGAUCGAUAAGAAGACGGGUAAUGAUGGUGAAGUCGAAUUGUUCCCAUCAGAUUCGGAAGACGAAGGUCUGAACAACAUACUUAAGGAUGAAGAAGAUGGGCCAAAGGUUGAAGUGAAGAAACAACCCAAACAAAAGAAAGAAAAGAAACUUAAAAAGCAAAAAGAAAUUCCUGCCCCAGUUGUAGAAGAUGAGGAAGACGAUGGAGCAGAUGCGGCUAUUGAUAUUGUUAAGGAUUUAGAUAUGGAUGAUUGGUAGACUUUUUAAUAACAAUUAAUAA